GGGACGGGCGGGGGUCCCGGCGCGGCCCAGGCGGGUCCCCAUUCCCUGAGGCCAGCGCUGAGGCCCCGGUGCGAGCGGUGACCGCCGCGUCCCGCCCCGGGAGGCAUGUGGUCCGUGCUGUGGGCGGCCGUGCGCUCCAAGGCCCCGUACGUCACCUUCCCGGUGGCCUUCGUGGUGGGGCUGGUGGGCUCCCAGCUGGAGUGGUUCCUGCGCGGAGACCCCCCCGCCCAGGAGGAGAAGAGCAUCUCGGAGCAGCGGGAGGACCGCAAGCUGCAGGAGAUCGUGGGCGAGGACCUGACCAAGGUGGUGAGCCUGAAGGACAAGCUGGAGUUCGCCCCUCGCGCCGUGCUCAACAGGAACCGCCCCGAAAAGAGUUAAUAAAGGGUGGUUUGGACAAAGGCGGUGCCCUGGAGCGGCUGCUGGGGACUACCGAGGCACAUAUACUGCUUCCACCAGCCUCCCUCCUGUACCUGCUGCUCCUCACCCUCCCGGGCACUCUAAGAGUCAGGUUUGCCCAGCCCAUGGAUUUGCUGAAGGUUUAAUUUCUUCUAUGCUGUGAAGGUAGAAGAAUGGGUUGGGUUCAGGCUGACCACCAGUGAAAGAAAGAACUGCUGCCCUGCUUCCAGAUCCCCUGUGGCUCUUGAUGAACCCCAAUACGCCAGCAGUCAUGGGGCUCUCUGGGGACCCCCUCCCUCCAUCAUCCCUCCCAGGAAUGGUGACAGGGGCGAUGAAAGUCUUGGUUCUCCAUUGUCAUGCUCUGAGCAUGGUGAUGUGUUGGGAAUGAAGGGAUCUCUGCCCUCUGCACAAUAAACUUCUGUCAAUCCUUGGG